UAGUGCACAGCAAUUACGUUCUUUUUUGCACUAAUUGUGAAGUCAGCAUCUGUGUCAAAUGAUCCUCUUCCUGAUUUUGUUCAACUAAUCCAGUGUAGUUCCAAUCAUAUAUGCUGUUGUUCAUGAAGUCAUUCAUCAUAAGUAAGGUUUUUCAUCGUCGUAACAAUGAGAAAAAAAUUUAGGAUAAAGAAAAAGUCGGGGUAAACACCCUUAGUCGGGUUUAAAAAAAUCGGGUAAAAGUACUAGUCGGGGAAAAAAGUCUUGCAAAAAAUUUUUGUCACUAUUUCCCGAUUUUUUUCCCCGAUAAGGUAUUCUUAUUGAAAAAUAUUGCAAAUAAAAGAAGUUGUAGCAAAAUAGUUUAAGAGCUUUUAUUAUUUACGUAAUAUCUCCAUCAAACGUAAUCAGGUCAAAUAAAUGGUUUCUUAGGUGACACAUUAUUAGAUCUAGCGUAGCACAUGAUGUAAUUUUGCGUUCUUAUUUUUUACGAGAAAUGUUAAUUAUCGUACAUGAAUCAAUCUUUCGAUUUACUGGUUUCAGUAUUAGUGGCUAUAAAAGCUUGAACAUAUCUAAAUUCAAAUAUUAAAACCUAUGUGCAAGACUUACCACUAUGGCAAUUUUUUUUUUUUUUUUUUUUUUUUUUUUUUUUUUUUUUUUUUCGCCAAAAGAAAUUUACAUACAACUAUUUCAAAAUUACAGAUACAAGUUCUACAUACACAUAAGUACAGGCAUAAAUUUCUACAUUAGGAUAUAUAUAUAUACAUAUAUAUAUAUACAUAACUGUAUCACGUACGUAGAAUAAAAUGGCAGGAGUAAGUAGAAGACUAUCGAAAUGUUUGUGCGUAUAAUCAUAUUUGCAAUACUCUGCGUGGAGGUUGCCUAUUUGGACAUUUACGUCUCCAAACGUAAUGGUGAAGAUGACACUCUCUGUGGUACGUAUUUAAACCCCUGUAAUACAUUUACAUUCGCUGCAAAGAAGCUUCGCACUUCAGCAACUACUGUGCGAUUGGACGGGGGUACGGAUAAAACAUAUGUGUAUUAUGUAAAUCAAUCAGUUAUCCUUAAAGAUGACAUUGCAAUGGCCAAUUAUAAAGGCAACAAAUUCCGACCAGUCAUUCAGAUGAUAAACCAAAACAAAAAACAAAAUUACUUAUUUUAUUUAUCAAAGAAAGACACUCAGUUAAAAGUUAAGAAGAUAAUUUUUGUUGGAACAUCACUUUUGCAAUACAGUUCAUCUUUUAAUAUUACUAUCACCAACUGCAGCUUUGAGAAUGCAACUUCACCUAUAAUACAGGCAAACGGUACUGUAGAACUUGUUGUAAUGCAUGUAUCGCAUAGUUCUUUGAAGUAUACACGGCUUAUUAGCACCUAUGAAGUUGGCAAUCUGCAUGCUGUUAUAGACUCAUGCGCAUUCCUUGGUAACAGAAGUGAAAAACGAGCGAUAAUUGAAUGGCAUGCAACUAAAGUAGCGAGAAUACGAGUAAAACAUAGCACAUUCAAAUGUCCGGUGGGAAUUUCGAUGAUAUGUUCUAUUCCAACUUUGUCUAUCCUUGAACAACAUCAAAUAAUUAGAUUUAAAACUUCACAAAACUACUUAUUUCAAAUAUACAACUCAUCUUUUCAUUCAGAAGAUGAUUCGCAUAAAAUGAAAAAAUAUGGAAUUAUGUCAUACAAAUGUCCAAUAAUAUCAUUGCAGGAAAGCAAAUUUUCAAGAUUUCAAUCCUCGCCUGUGAAAGUAUAUUCAGCUAUUUUAGUGAGGAUUAACAAAUCUUCAUUUAGAAAUAAUAAAGCCAUCCAAGGUGGUGCUUUAUAUGCUGAGAGAUGUUUGAACAUCGAUAUAGACCACUCUUUAUUCUUUAAUAACACUGCAGACUUUGGGGGCGCCAUAUAUAUAUCUAAGGGAAAAGAUGAAUCUUUUAUCAAAUCAUCAUUAUUUUUUAAUAACUCAGCUACCAUUUCCGGUGGCAGCAUUUACGCGGAAAUAGAAGAUAUCUUGUACAAUUUGAAUUUACAUUUACGUUCAGUACAAUUUACAGGUACAACAGACAAUCCAUUAGCUAACGGAAUAAUAAUUUAUACAAAUGCGCGUGUAUAUUAUACAAACGUAUCAGUAUCUAUAACUAACACUAGUCUCGAUGUCCCAAUACUGGACGGGAUACGUUGUGACAAUAAAAAAGUAUGUGGAAUGAAUCACCUUAUUAAUCUGUCGUUAUCUUGUCCGUACAAUUAUGGCGUCGUUCCAUUGAGAAAUUACCGUUUAUUUUCAUUCCAGUGUCGCACAUGUGCCAAAGGGAUGUAUAGUUUAACAAGAGAUCAGAUUACGGUACCAGGUAAUGGCCUUGUCUAUAAAAAAUCAGAUUUUAAGUGUUUUCAAUGCCCCCCAGGUGGAAAAUGUGAACAUGGAAUAGUGAGCAAGGGGAAUUUUUGGGGAUAUGUCGAAAGUGACAACAAAAUAGUAUUUCUAUCCUGUCCUACUUCCUAUUGCUGUUCUCAGACCACAACGAAAUGUUUUUCAUACAAUACCUGUAAUAAAAAAAGAACAGGGAUACUUUGCGGAACAUGCCAAAGGGGAUAUAGGUUGAAUUAUUUUAAUAAUGGCUGUGUUAAGAAUGAAGGGUGUAAUCAGUGGCUGUUCUGGAUUUUGUAUCUAGCGUAUGGAAUACUUUAUGUCGUGUUUCUGAUGUACUUUAAAACGAUAUUAAAAAAAUUAUGUCAGUAUCUGCGAAAAUUAAAAUGCAAACAAGAGCAAUCAGGAGUUAUUAAUGAUUUGUAUCGAUACAGACGUUUUGAAGAGAGUAUAGAUGAGGAUACGAAAAAAAUUAAUUUUUAUGAAGAGAAAGAAAACCAGUCCGGAAAAAAUGGUAACACAAAAAAUGAUGGCAGUAAAACAGAUGUUUACACCUCUGGAUUGAAAUCUAUCAUAUUUUUCUUUUACCAAAUACAAUCACUAUUAGAAAUCCCCACACCUGAAAAAAAUAAUCACGGAUAUAUAACAGUAAUAAAAAAAUCGAUAUUAAACAUUUUCAAUUUUGAAUUAGUUCAAUUUAACAUAUCAAAACUUUGUCCAACAAAAGAUCUUGAUGCACUGUCGAAAUCACUGAUCAAACUUGGAAAUAUCUUUAUUCUUUUCAUCCUGCUUCUUUUAUUAGCUGCAAUUAUAAAAACUUUUCAGCUCUUUAAAAGAAAAAGAAACCCAACGUUUUUGACCAGUGGAACGACAAGUUACAAAAUUAUGAAGAACAUACGCACUUGCUCAAUUCAAGUUACUUUGCUAGGUUACACCGCAGUAAAUACAUUUUGCUUUCGAAUGUUGAAUUGUGUUUCAAUAAGAAAUGAAAAUUAUUUAUACAUUCAAGGAGAUAUCAAAUGCUAUACGUGGUGGCAAUAUUGCAUUUUGAUUUUUACUGCGUUAUGGAUAAUUCCUUUUACAGUAUCUGUGCACAUUUCUGUAAAGAUACUACGAAGAAGUCAAAUAAAUUUGAGACAAUUUUACCUUUCAUUCGCCAUUCCACCAAUCUCAUUUUAUUACUACUUGCGAUCGCUAUGUACACACAAAACAUUGCACGUCAUCAACAACAAAGAUGAUAUCGACAAGAUAGCAGAAAUUUUCUUUGGUCCUUAUAAAUUACAUGAAGAUAGCGAAUUAAAUUGGGAAGCUGUUCUGAUUGGUCGACGAAUGGUUCUAGCAGGCUUGUGUGCAUUCACCGUAAAUCCCAUCUCACGAAUGAUUUUCACAUUACUGUUACUGCAAGGGUGUCUCCUGCAUCAUCUGUACGUUUUACCAUAUCGCACGCAAAUCUUGAACCAUCUUGAAACAGCCUCAUUGUGCUGUUUGAUAUUCAUUAACAUAGAAAAUUCAUUUUUUUCUUUUCUUUACAUGAACGAUCAAUCAAGCGUACCUGGCAUUAACACUAUCGCUAUGGUCUUCGUGUGGGCAGAUCACGUGAUAUUAGCAGCACCAUUGUUAAUAAUAAUAGCUAUACUUGUGUUUGUAUUGUGCAAGAAGUUGUGUUGUAUGUUAAGAAAUUGUUUUGUUACACUGCAUGGUUGAAACUAUAGGAUGUGAAAACGUUUGCGCAUUUAAUUCACCAAAAUUCAGGCCUGUGACAACUAUCCCUCGAUAACUUUGAAAAACGAAAAUAAAACAUACACUAAUACUUUUCUUUACUUGAAAAAAAAAUUGCAUCGUUUUUAAGUGGCCUAACAGUCCAUUUUUCCACCCUUCAGGACUGAUCGAAAUAAUUGAUACUACUCAUUACGCCACCACCCCCAUACUCCUCCGCGAAAUGAUUUUGUUUUCUACGGGCCUGCAAUCACAACUUGUACAUAUGACCAAACGCAAACAAUUAUUUCUCACUUUUCUUUAAUUUCAUUUGUUUAUCAGUUUCAUGUUCGUUGUCCCUUUGCUUAUUUAAAUUUUGCAAAUCAAUUUUGUACAUUACAAUGAUAAGGAGUUUUUACAAGACCUUGUGUUUUUCUAAAAAAAUGUUCGUGUACAGUUUUUGCAAUGUAGAAUAAGAUUUUCACUUAGUGUUUGGAACUCAACUAACUCAAACUUAUCUUGUCUGUAUUUUUUAUUUUUAUUUUUUUAUAUAAGAUAUUUAAUUUUUUGAUUAACUAGUCGUUAGCCCGUGGAAAAAUCCACGGGUUCGCCCGUCCUUUUUAUACCGCAUUGCGUGCGUCUCGCUACCUGCACAGCUUAGCUACCAUUUUGCGUGACAGACAGACGGACGGACAGACGUAUACAGGUAUUAUAAUAUAGAUAUAUAUUCUGUUUCCUGACGGUUAUUAAGGGCUAAAUUUCUUUUUUUUAAUUUUUAUCUUGCGGUCUACUUUUAAAAUAGCUCAGCUUUGUGCAAUAACUUGAAAGAAUUGUGUUAAUUUUCGAGAAGUAGAGACUUUUUUUAUUGCAGUUUGGAUCUUAUUUAAAAUUUUAUUUAGGAAUUUAGCUAGAAUUUAUCUAUAUUUUAAUUUUGUCACUAUAUCAGUUAUUUAAUAUUUUUGAUGUAUAUCUUCUGUGUAAUGUACUUUACAACAUAACCUACUAUUGUAGGAGUAAAAACAAUCCUUGUUGAUGGCAAAAAUAAGUCCACCAACACCAACUUUUUAUGCCAUGGUGAACAAAAAAUAUGAAAAAUUGCUACUAUAAGGGAAGAGAGUGUUUUGAGAAGAAUUUUAUUCAGGCUUUUAAAAAAAGUUUAUCCCCACAAAGUGCAAAUGUUUUGCAGUAAAGCUGAACCACAAAACGUCUUUCCACAUUCCUUAAAGUAGUGCUUUAACACAAUGGCUUUUAAGCUAGUCUUAAAUAAUGGUUGACCCCACCUGUUGAGGAGUGUAAUUAUUAGUUCCUUCACUUCAUUUAUAAGACUUUUGUAGGUCUUUAUUUGUAUAAUUUGUAAGAAUUCUGUAUAUUAAUCGGUUGUAUUUCUUAGAAGUUGAUAAGAGAUAAUCUAUCUAAAAUUAUUUUUCUUUAUAUAAAUAUCAGACGAUUGUGCACAUCUGAGUCCAGAAAUAGUAGUUAGUGCUGUUGCUGAAUGAUAGGCAUUUUCAGCAAGUUGACAUUAGGAUAUUGACACAAUAAAAAAAUUAAUUGGAUAAGUUUCGUUUACAAGUUUAUCUGUUGUGGUAGUACAUGCGUCAAAGCAACAAUUUUUGAAACUAGGAUGGACAAUUUCAGGAGUUGAUUUUUAGACCAUUUUAACUGCUAGAGGGCGCUAAUGGGCGUUGAGUUUUAGGGCGACGCCCGUUGAGCUUCCUGCAACGCCCUCCACUAAAACCCCAGUUGCACUUGAUUGCCGCAACGGGCGAUUAGCCACUUCGAAAUUAUUUUGCAGUAAUAAAACAAUUCUCAUUUUUAACAUAAGCUAAAAAGGUUUCUGUUUUCUAGGUUUCUUAUCUUUAGCUACGUAAUCAAAGCAGCAGCUACAUAUAACAUUUCAGCCUGACAUGAAUAAAAACAAUGUGCUGUAGCUAAACUAGCUAGUAGGAUGAUUAAUGAUAAUAGCCGUCGUCCGUCUGUUUAUCUGUCUGUUACGGAAACACGAAAUGCGAUAGAUAUAUAAAGGACGGUCGACCCCGUGGAUUUUCCACAGGUUAACGACUAGUAUAUAAUAAAUAUGUAUGUCAAUUAUCGCUUCCUUGUUUUUCAGGAUUUGUUUGGUAAAAUAUACCAAGAGUAAUUUUUCGUCAAGAGUAAGUUUUCGUUUUGGUUAUUUUCUUUUUAAAAUA